AUGAGAGAAAAUCCAAUUUUACUAAUGCUAAUAUUUUACUCUCUCUUGUUUUUUCUUGGAGAAUCAACAUCAUCAUUAACUCAACCAAAGAAUGAUAAUCAAGUUUAUAUUGUUUAUAUGGGAGCUGCAAGUUCAACUAAUGGAACUCUUCGCAAAGAUCAUGUCCAUGUUUUGAACACUGUAUUAAGAAAGAAUGGUAAAGCUCUAAUACACAAUUACAAACAUGGAUUCUCCGGCUUCGCUGCUCGAUUAUCGAAAAAUGAAGCAAACUCGAUUGCUCAACAACCGGGAGUCGUGUCUGUGUUUCCGGAUCCUAUACUGAAGCUUCAUACAACACGUUCUUGGGAUUUUCUUAAAGCGGAAACUGAAAUUAUAAUUGAUAAGAGACUCUCUAGUUCUUCUCCGUCUUCUUCAUCAGACGUUGUAAUUGGCAUGUUAGACUCAGGUAUAUGGCCAGAAGCAGAAAGUUUUUCUGAUAAGGGAAUGGAUCCUAUCCCAGCCAAAUGGAAUGGUACAUGCAUGAAAUCAAGUGACUUCAACUCAUCAAACUGUAAUAGAAAGAUAAUAGGAGCAAGGUAUUAUCCUAAUCCUGAUGAGGAUGAUGCUGGGGCAAACACUCCAAGAGAUACAUUAGGUCAUGGUACUCACACGGCCUCCACAGCUGCAGGGAAUGCCGUGACUGGUGCAUCAUACUACGGUCUCGCGACAGGGACAUCGAAAGGCGGGUCUCCUGAAUCGAGAUUGGCGAUUUAUAAAGUGUGCAAUGUUGGAUGCUCCGGCUCUGGCAUCCUCGCCGCAUUCGAUGAUGCCAUUUCAGAUGGAGUUGAUGUGCUUUCGCUAUCCCUUGGCAGGUCUCCGAGUAUGCAACCUGACUUGACAACCGAUGUGAUUGCAAUUGGGUCGUUCCACGCCGCGGAACGUGGCAUUCUGGUUGUUUGCUCGGCUGGAAAUUCCGGACCCGAACAAAAUACGGUAGUUAAUGAUGCUCCGUGGAUAUUAACGGUUGCUGCCACCACCAUUGAUCGCGACUUUCAGUCCAAUGUUCUCUUGAGUAAUACCCAAGUUAUUAAGGGUGAAGCUAUAAAUUUCUCCCCUCUUUCAAAAUCAUCUGAUUAUCCAUUGAUAACUGGAGAGACUGCCAAGACGACUACUGCUGACUUAGAUGAAGCAAGGAAGUGUCACCCAAGUUCAUUAGAUGCAAAUAAAGUCAAAGGAAAGAUUGUUGUUUGUGAUGGAAUAAAUGAUGAUUAUACAACCUAUGACAAAAUAACGAUAGUGGAAGAAGUUGGUGGAUUAGGUCUUAUUCAUAUUACUGACAUAGAAGGAGCAGUGGCAAAUAACUAUAAAGACUUUCCAGCAACAGUGGUAAGACCGACCAAUGCUUCCACAUUACUCCAGUAUGUCAAUUCAACAAGCAAUCCAAUGGCAACAAUUCUACCAACAAUUACCGUCAUGGAUUAUAAACCCGCGCCUAUGGUAGCAGUUUUUUCUAGUAGAGGACCUUCUGCACUUUCAAAGAAUAUUAUCAAGCCUGAUAUUGCAGCACCAGGUGUUACCAUUCUUGCCGCGUGGAUUGGAAAUGACACAAAAAUUGUUCCAAAAGGGGAAAAGCCUUCGCUAUAUAACCUUGAAUCAGGAACUUCCAUGUCAUGCCCACAUGUUUCAGGCCUUGCAGGCAGCAUAAAAUCUAGGAACCCAACUUGGAGUGCCUCUGCUAUCAAAUCAGCUAUCAUGACCUCUGCGACUCAAAUUAACAAUAUGAAGGCGCCCAUUACGACCGACUUAGGAUCAAUUGCAACACCUUUUGAUUAUGGCGCCGGGGAAAUAACAUCAACAGAACCAUUUCAACCAGGGCUAGUUUAUGAAACUAAUACAUUGGACUACUUGAACUACUUAUGUUACAUAGGAUUUAACACAACCACAAUCAAGGUUAUCUCUAGAACUGUGCCGGAUAGUUUCAGUUGUCCUAAGGAUUCAACUUCUGGUCAUAUUUCCAAUAUGAACUAUCCUUCCAUAGCAAUCUCCAACUUCAAUGGUAAAGAAAGCGUGAAUGUGAGUAGAACUGUUACGAAUGUCGGUGAAGAUGAUGAAACAGUCUACUCCGCCAUUGUCGAUGCUCCCAAUGGGGUGAAAGUCCAACUGAUUCCGGAGAAACUACAAUUUACAAAAACUAGCAAACAAAUAACCUAUCAAGUUAUUUUCUCCUCUAGUUUAACUUCGUUGAAGAAUGAUCUGUUUGGAUCUAUUACAUGGACUAAUGGUAAACAUAAUGUUCGAAGUCCUUUUGUAUUAAGUAUGUAG